GAUGGCGGCUAAUGUUAAUUGCGCACUCAUUCUCAAAUCGUUAUGCAGUUAGUCGUCAUGACGAUUUAGUAAAACCCACAUCGCCAAAUAUUUUAAAUUGAUAUGUCGAUUGUUGAUAUAUUUCAUAGUUUUGUUAGUUUCAAACACGAUAAAUGUAUCAUUCAACCCCAAAUCAUCAACCGGCAUGUUGAUCUCGGCUUUCAUUUCAUGCAUCUCUAGUCUUAUUUUGACAAAAAAAUUCAUAUUAUUUCGGAAAUUUUUUUUUUAUAUUUUCCGGGAAAAAAACCAUUUCCAACGCAUGCUAUACAAAUGGUUGAAAUUUGGAUUUUUUUUUUUUGUUUUUUAAUUUAGAAAGCUUUGAGAGUAGUUUUUUCAGAGAGAAAAAAAACAAGAUAUUUUGUGGUCUCUGAAAAUAACACCACCCAUAGCUCUCUCUGUCGCUUCUUCCAUGGAGUAUGGGACAUCAGCAUAUCGUUUUCACUGAGUUUAUUGUGUUGUGUGUGUGUCUCUCUCUCUCCAUGUCAAACCAUUUUAUUGUACCAUUGCUUCACUCUUUUCUGGUAAGUACACACUUCUUUAUCUCUCUUUUUCUUCCUUUCCCUUUUUUCUCCUUUCUCUCUCAUAAUCAUUGAGAAACUUUUUACUCUUAAUCAUUGAGCUUUUUCUUCUUCGAGUGUUCUUUUUUUAAGUUAUUUUCAUUAACUGAUACUUUUUUUUAACUCUUACAUUUAGCAUUACUUCUUUUGUUCUCUCAGCUUUUUAUUGAUUGAAUCCAAGUUGGGUUAUUAAGUAAUUGCUAGAGCUGUUUAUUGUUUUGGGUUUUUGAUUUUCUGCACUGGUUUUUUUGUUUGUUCGUGAAGUGCAUUUGGCUGUGAAAAGACUUGAACUUCCCAUAAAUUCGGUGCUUCAAAGAAGAGAAUUUGUUGGGUUUCUCUGCUUGUCUUAAUCUGGAUAAGGUUUAAGGGGCCCCUAAAGAGUUACUUUUGAGACUCAGCUGAAUUUUUGGAGAUCUGCAUGUUAUAGUGAAAAGGAUUAAGGAAGAUAGGUCGUUUUGUGUUUAAUUUUUCCUUGAAUUGAACUUUGUUUUAUUUGUAUUUGGUGAUUUCAUUGCAUGUAAUGGAGUCCUGGAGUUAUGUUUCUGGGGAGAAUGGAUCUGAAUCUGAUGCAGCAAAUUCAGCUUCUGAUUCUUUUGUAAGAAACAGAAAUGCCUUUAUGAAUUUGGAGUUAAAAGGUCCAUAUAGUUUUAGUAACAAUAUGAUAGUCUCUGGACAACAAACAAUUGAAAGCCAUGGUUUUGGAGAGUUGGGGUAUGGAGAAUUGAUAGGGAAACAGUUAACUAAUGGUUCAAUUGGGGAUGUUUUAAGUAGCAAAGUUAGUGAGGCUAGAACUGAAAAUCCAAUAUUGGCUACCCUGAAUACCUUUUCCGUGGACGAUGAGUCUAGUUCGAUGCUUUCAAGUUCUGUUGUAGACUCGAAUAGUCGGGAUUCUUUGCUGAUAGAUUUGAAGCUGGGAAGAUUUCCUGAUUAUAUAGAUGGCCAAAGUUCUAGUUUAUCUAUAGGAGCCCCCAUUUUAUCAUCAUGUGAGUCAUCUACACCCCCAAAGAGAGUUCGAGCAGCCGGAGCAAAUUCUCAUACUGCAUAUUGCCAAGUUUAUGGAUGUAAUAAGGAUCUCACUUCCUCAAAAGAUUACCACAAGAGGCACAAAGUUUGCGAGGCUCACUCGAAAACUGAAAAAGUUAUUGUUAAUGGAAUUGAACAAAGGUUUUGUCAACAAUGCAGCAGGUUUCAUUUGCUGGCUGAAUUUGAUGAUGGAAAGCGCAGUUGCCGUAAACGCCUAGCCGGCCACAAUGAGCGGCGGAGAAAGCCUCAAGUUGGUAUUCGUUACGGGAGAACCGGAAGGUUACUUCAGCCAUAUAAUGGCUUCGUUAGUGGCAGACUUCAAGGGACCAUGUUGACAAAUACAUCCUUUAUUUGCGAAGAUGUUCGAACUAGUGGCCUUUUGCAUCCUGAGAAAUAUGUAACAAACGAAUGGGGCAAACGGAUAAAAGUUGAAGAUGGGACGGAUUUUAGCCCUCUUUCUGCCAUACCUGUCAAGAACGGGGGGCAUUUUGAGAAACAUUUUCCCUAUUUCCAUAAUGGACCUAGUGCAGUCACUGGAGGCAUUUUAGCUGAGAACAAUGCACGAUAUCCUCGUGGUUUUGAUGGGACUUAUUCUGGAUCACGGCCUUUGUUCCAAGGCACCUCCUCGUCAGCAAGUGAAGACAUCAAUGUUUUCGAUGCAGCAUUGAGCAUUCAGGGAUUAUCUGGGAUUUCGGAUUCUGUUUGUGCUCUCUCUCUUCUGUCAUCUCAAUCACACAGCUCUUCAAGCCGCCCAUCAGGAAUUCCCAUGGCCCGUUCCCUGGUUAUUCCGGGCUACCAUAACCAUCACAUGACUCAAGUCUCGGAAAAGCUUGACAGAGUAUCGAAUACGAUCUCUUCAUCAGGGAUCAAUUCAACCGAAGGCGGUAACAUGGGUGCUAUACUGAUAUCUGAUAGUAGUGAAGCUGCCAACUUCAAUAUCACUGAUGGACUAUCAUGCAAAGAUGGACCGACGAUCAACUUGCUUCAGCUUUCAUCGCAGCUUCAGCGAGUGGAACAUCAAAGACAAUCUAUGCAAGAAGACAAUGAAAAUGAGACCUACCUCCGAAUCGUUUAAGUACAGAUUAAGACAAGUUCAAUGUUGCUGAAAGCUGCACAGUUCUUGAGAUGUCCGAAUAGUCGGCGUAACAUAGAUGGAAGCAUGAUGAGAAAGUUCAGCAGCUGCUAACUGGAUUCCCCACCCCACCCCUCCACUCGGUUAAGUUUCACCUAGACUUUUACAAGUUAUUUUGUAAUCGAAAAAAAAUUGUUUGAUUAUGUUUCUCGAAUUAAAAAUGUUUUGAUGAACAAAAUUAUCAACAUUUCUGUUUGCAACAUUCAUCAAAUCAAGUUUAAUAUUCGACA